UUCUUUGCUCUGCAAGAGACUAUAUGACAUCAUAAUUUUGUUCUGGAUUUGGCAGAACUUUCUCUAACCUCUAUACUGGACUGUGGAUACUUUUUUUAGCUGUGAAGACCAUUUUUAUUUUUGCAUCCUAAAGUAUAGUUUGCUAUAUUGGACUGUGGAUACUUCUGACGCUUCUCGUCAGAAUUGAUUCUUUUCCUUUUGUUGCUCACCCAAUUUGCGGCACUUCUCAGUGGAAAUAUCUUCUUGUCAUCUUGGAUUUUACCUUAUCCCCUGUGUAUUGAGAAUGUGCUCAUCGAGAGAAGGCUAGUGGUGGACACAAAGAUUUUUGAGUUUGUAUUGGAGGGAGCUGGUGUGAUAAGAAUCACUGUGAGGAGUUGGAAGGUGGUGAAAUACUUACAACUAGGCAGUGUCAUGGUGGAUUGGCUGUCGCUGACGGUGGAAGCAAGUGUGCAGUCAGGGGCUAGUAAAGAGUGUUUCGAGACAAUCAGUGUCAGAUACAGCGUCUACCAGGCCCAACGGUGUUCCAAUGCUUUCAGUCCCUAUUUGAUAGUGGCAGAAUAUGGCAGUGGAGGGAAAUGAGGCCCUAUUGUUAUUUUGGAUGGUUUAGACGGGAACGGUUGGUUCCGAAGGAACGGAGCAAUGGUUUCAUUUAUGCAAAAGUUUUUGGUGGGUUUGCAAAUAUAAGAUCUUCGAUAUGUGAUCUGGUCACCAUAUCCAGGCUUCUAAAUGCAACCCUUGUCAUUCCAGAGAUUCAAGAAAGUACUCGUUCAAAGGGCAUUAGUUCUAAGUUCAAAAGCUUUUCCUAUCUCUAUAAUGAGGAACAGUUCAUAUCAUCGCUAAAAAAUGAUAUCAUGAUUGUGAAGAGCCUACCUCGAAACCUAAAGACUAGGAGGAACGAAUUUCCUACCUUUAGGCCUAAAAGUUCAGCCUCUCCAAAAUAUUAUAUGGAAGAAAUUCUACCAAAGUUAAAGGAAGCCAAGGUUGUUGGAUUGGUUCUUACUGAUGGUGGAUGCCUGCAGUCCAUCCUUCCACCUAGCAUGGCUGAGUUUCAGAGGCUUAGAUGCAGAGUUGCCUUCCAUGCACUGCAAUUCCGUACAGAUAUUCAGAUUCUUGGGCACCGAAUGCUGGAGAGGUUACGAGGAUGGGGCCAACCUUUCUUAGCUUUUCAUCCUGGCUUAUUGAGAGACACCUUGGCAUAUCAUGGUUGUGCAGAACUCUUUCAGGAUGUUCAUACUGAACUUAUACAGUAUCGGAGGGCACAGAUGAUCAAACGAGGAAUUGUUAAUGAGGAACUAAGCGUGAAUUCUCACUUGCGUAGAGAAAAUGGUUCAUGUCCCCUCAUGCCUGAAGAGGUUGGAAUUCUCCUUCGAGCAAUGGGCUAUCCUCCUAAGACAAUAAUAUACCUGGCUGGUUCUGAAACUUUUGGUGGUCAACGUGUUCUGAUCCCUCUUCGUGCCAUGUUUACCAACUUAGUAGAUCGCACUUCCCUUUGUAGCAAGAAAGAGUUGUAUGACUUGGUUGGACCUGAAACCCCACUUCCUCUAGAUCUUUUCCAAAUGCCUCCUGCCAAAAGUGAGGAAGAACUUAAAGAAGAAUGGAAAAAGGCUGGUCCUCGGCCUCGGCCUCUGCCUCCACCUCCUGAUAGACCUAUCUAUCAACAUGAAAAAGAAGGCUGGUAUGGUUGGAUUACUGAGAUUGACACAGAACCAGACCCAUCGCCCAUGGAUCUGAGGAUGCAAGCGCACAGGUUACUGUGGGAUGCUCUUGAUUAUAUCGUCUCUGUGGAAGCCGAUGCAUUCUUUCCUGGUUUUAACAAUGAUGGCAGUGGAUGGCCAGAUUUCUCAAAUUUGGUCAUGGGACAGCGAUUGUAUGAGACUGGUUCUUCUAGAACAUACAGACCAGACAGGAAAGUUCUUGCAGAACUUUUCAACAUUACCCGUGACAAUAUGUACCAUACCAAAUACAAUUGGACGCUCUUAGUGAGGGAACAUCUUAACAAAAGCUUGGGUGAGGAAGGCCUCACAAGGCAGUCCCUUUUAUCAAAACCAGCUUCAUUCCUCUCACAUCCACUCCCUGAAUGCUCUUGUAGAACAUCUUCUCCUGACAUUCCAACUGAUGUAAAAGUCGACAACGGCAGGAUUCUGUAUGGCGGGGAAGAUGAUUGCCCCAAAUGGAUGGAACGUGGCGACAAAGCUGUUGUUUCAGAGUCAGCUGGGAAAGGUGGCAACUUUGAGAAUGAAUUGGAAUAUGAAAUUGACGUAGUUGAAUUGCCAGAAUCUUAUGACAGUGGUGGUAAAUCUAAUGUUACUCUGGUCUGGGACCGGGAUGAGGAAAUGGACCCAAAUGACUAAAAUAGGGUGUGCAGAUUACUUACUAUUUGCAGCGGUAUUUGAUAUUCAACAAUUUCUUACGGUUUUAUCAUUCAGCGGCUUCUACUAACCCUUCCAGAGGAAAUCGGCAUUCAAAUUUAUUCUUUGUGUAAGGUUGGUGGAUCCACCUGUUCAUGCAUCAAAACUUUCCAAAGGUAUGACUGGGGGAAAGAUUGAUGCGGUCAAGAAGGCAAGCUGAUAACAAUAUUACCUGUUGAUCUUUCGCCAUUGGUCAACUUAAAAGGGCUCGAGAGUCAGUUAUGUAAUUUUUUUAAGUACAGAACCUACGAGGAAAACUGCACACUGAAAUUUUCAUUCAGAGUUUUGGGAUCUCAUUUCUGUAAUUUUGUUAGACUUACAGUACAUAACAAACAAAGAAGAAAAGUAUAUGCUGAAAUUUUUAUUCCCAGUUUU